AUGGCCGAAGCAUGCGAUUCGGCGGCCUCUUCUUCGGCUUCUCUGACGCCGAAAGAAAAGCCCGUAGUCGUGAGGGUGAAGAGGAAGGCUUGCCAGAUGCCCCUUGAUGCACUAUGUGAGUCGCGAUUAUUUUCUGUCAUUGAUUCCUCAUCCUCAUUCUCUCUCUCUCUCUCUCUCUCUCUCUCUCUCUCUCUCUCUUUGAAUUUUUCACAUGAGAAAACGGGAAUUUCCUAACGGUGCGUGGUGGUGAUUUUGGCGUUGUUGUUUGUGACCAGUGCUGGAAAUCAACGAGAGGCACCCGAAGAGGGCAAUUUUGGACCUGAGCAAGCUCUCGUUCACGGGUGUCGUCAGCAAGGAGAAAGUUCAUAAUGGUUUUCUUUCUGUUUUUAUUAUUUCUAUUUCUACAAAAUUUAAAUCUGUACCAUAUGGUUUCUUCCAUUACCUGUUUAGCAAAUACAAUUACCUUUAUCCUUUAUGCUUCAAUAUUUCAUUAAUAUUGUUAAAAUAUAUUCUCAGAUUUUUCUAUGGCAUGAUAUUUCAGAGGAUUUAACGACCAGGAGAGUGUUGGUGCAACAUGUUGAGACUGUAGGAAGUUCUGAAGCGACAAAAGAUUUAUUGGAGCUUUGUCUGGUCAGCAUCCUACUUCAACUCUGUCGUUGUUGAUAGCUUUAUGACAUAAUGGGGUUAUUUUGGGGGCUUACGAAUGUUCUUUCCUAGUAUUCUGCUUUGAAUAUGAUAAAGUAUACUCUGAGACCAACAAAUGUUUUUUAAGAGGGAUUGUACGCACGAGUCAGUAUCGAGCUGUCCACUCUCUCGAUGAGCUACUGCCCUGCACUCCAUUUUACUGGGUCGGAACAUAUUAACAAUUGCAUGCCUUCUUAUCAUGACCUUCGGUGCCACUUGACUUUUUUUAAAAGAAUCUACUGUGAACUGAUGAUAUUACAUUCCUUGUCUGGAAAAAAACUGAACUCGUAGUGCAUUUGUGUGGGUGCAUUUAUGGAUAUAUAAUUCCAAACACAUUUUUUGUGGUAGAACUUUACAUCUGUUAAUUGUGCUUUGCACGUCAGUGGCAGUGCUAGAGAACCAAUUACACGGGAUAUUCUUGUAACUGCUUCUUUUUAUGAUUCUGUUUGAAUACUAGAGUGGAAUGAAAUUGUGGAUAUUAUUUAACUCGUCAGUGGGUGCUUUUCUUCCUUCAUCCCUUUAAAACUUUUCAAUUUAUGGGAAGGCUCCCCUGAAAGUAGGUGACAGGUCUCUGGUUGAUAGAAUCUAUUUCAUUGGGUAUUCAUUUUAAGUUUUUAGAAGAUUUACCUAUUUAAUAUGGUAGUGACCUUGACAGAGAGAAAUCCUUUUCUACUUUCCGUUUUAGUAAUUUACUUUUCUAUUCUCAUAUUUGUCGUGUUCUUCUGUAUGUCUCAUAGCCAUCUUCCCCCUUCCCCGUGACAGAAACUCUUGCCUGAUUCAUCUUUUAAGAGAAACCUGGCCGCUCGUUUUUCAGUACUUCCUUACAUUUGUCAUUAUUUUUUCCCCCUAAGCCAUUUUUCCUUUAUGUGCUGCAAUUUCUUUUUUAGUCCUCUUCUCUUCUUCUUUCCUUCAUUUCAUUUCCAGAUUUUUUUAAUGAUUUUUUUCUCUUCCACAUUGGAGCUACUUCUCCAAACUACUUUUUUCUUAGCCAUUUUUUGGUAACAAAACACCCUUUUAAAUUUCUUUUGGUAAACACAUCGACUAAACACUAUUUUAUGAAAAAAACACCUUUCCACUUUGAUCACGACCUUAUCACUCGGUGUGACACGUCCACAGGUGUCUCACUCUUAUUUUGCGACAUGGCUUUUUAUUGGAUUUUUUAGGCACCCAACAAAGGAUCACUCUCUUGGGGUUUAGCGCCUGGAAAAAAUGAAGUUCAACAUGGGAGAAAGGCUUGACUCCUUAUACUACAUUAGUCUGAAUGCAAUACACAAUAUUCACACGGUUUGAUUUUGCCUUUGGGGAACAAAUAUUUUUCGGUGGAUACUCUGUUUAUUGUGGUCUUAUGUAUGAGGUUGUCUUCCAUUGAGCUUAUGUCUUCCCUCGCUGCUGUAGUAGUCAUUAUAUUACAGUUUUUUAUAUGGUGUUUAUUAAUGCAAAGUGAUUUUUAUGACCUUCAAAAAAACUCUGAGGACCUUAGUUGGUUUUUUUAGCCAAGCAAGCAUAUGUUGUUAUUCAAAUGUAAGCUAAAUCAUGACGAUUUUAUUUUUUUUCUUUGUUUUUUUCUCUUAGCAUCUCUGCUGAGACUGUGGAUGUAACAGGAAUUUAUGUUUCAUGUUUCCAUAUUCGGAUGAUGGCCUUGCGUCAAAAAGUUAGCAUCAGAUGUCAAAGACUAAUAGUCUUCUUUGGUUUUAUUUUUUUAUGUUGUUGAGGCAUAUGUUUACUACUUUGUGGCAAAAAUGAUAUCGUUUCACUGUUUAGCACUUGGGAUGUUUGGUACUCUCCCGUUUCCAUUCUUCCUUUCUAAAAGAGAAAAAGUGUUCCACUAUUUCUGGAUGAUAAAUCUUGAAAAGGAAAAUUUGAGUCAUUAAGAAUCAUAGGAAGAACACAGUCAAUGUUUCUUUCCUUCCAAGUUAGAUCUAUACAGCUAUGCGCGCUGUUUAAGAUACCAUGUUGAUUUCCGCCCCUUUCUCUUUUACUUUUAGGGAUUAACCCUAUAUUCUAAGAAAGCGUCAUUGUUAUCGUCCCACAUAUUAUACCCAUGCAUACUGAAAUUGUGUGUGCUUCUUUGUAGGCAAACUCCAGCGAUUCAAAGGAAUUCGAAAAGAAGGUUGAAGAACGGAAAGCCUCGUUCAAGAAAGAUAGAGUAAUUUUUUUAUCUAUUUCGAUAUGAUAUUUAUUGAAUCGAAAAUGUAUCAACUUUAUAUAUAUAUAUCUAAGUAUAUGCGUUUUCUUCUUUUCGAAAAAUGUCACUGAAGUAAAAAAGUUGCUGAUUACUUUCCUUCGAUGGCAUGAUAAACUUUGUUAUUUAUAUAGCCUUUCCUUUCUAUGUACCACUAGUAUAGAAGCUUUUCCACGGAAUUGCGUAUUCAAUUUUCCAUUAAAAAGAUUAACAUGCAGUUGAAGUCGUCAAAGUUAGGUAUUUCACAUGAAGAAGAUAGUACUUGCUGUCUGGUUCCUUUAUCAUCAUCAUAAUCGUCAUAGUGGACAUGUACCAAAUUCAACACACUCUGCUGUAAUGUCAUGAACUUCGCCUUUCUUUUUUUCCUUUUUUUCUUGGGGGGAGGCGGAUCUUGGGUUUUAUUCAUUCUUGUUUUUCUCGGGACUUUAGUCGUGAUUUCUCUUCUUUCUAAAUUGGAUAUGAACCAGUUCCCAUGCUACCCAAAGAACAUUAAGAAGAAACAGAGCCAACCUAAAUAUAACUGACCCAUGAAACUUGGAUAUGAUGAUAGGCGACUUUUUACUUAAGCAUACGCAUUGACAUUGAGCUUUCUCGUGCAACCUCUUGAAGCUUUAGUAAAAACUUGAUCUGGCUUAACAUUUCAACUACCUUGACCGGUUCUUUUUCUUGGAUUUGGUAAAUUAUUUCCGUAAUUACCAUUCAUCAAUAUAAACUUUACAGAUUCUUUAUUUCUCUUAUUUAUUUUUUCAGCUUAAGCAUUUUUAGUAGUUUACAUCUUAAUCUUCUUCAGCUCUCUCAUGUGAUUGAUUCAAUUCAUCUCUUGAUGUAACCAGAGACAGGAGCAGCUCCACACUACAGCUAGACAAAAACACGAGGUAUUUCACUAGAAUUUGGCAAUUUUUUCCUCAUAAAUAAGGUUUUUUUCAUGUACCACCAAAGGAAACACGGAUUUGUGAAAACACCUUGUUGGUUUUCUAUUUAUCAAAGCCAUUAAUAACAUUUUUCAUUGUAGUUUGAUUCUAAAUUCCUGACGAGUGGCCAGCAUUUUGGGGGGGUUCAAGCAGGGCCAUGAUUUUUUAUGCGUUUCUGUCAAAAAGGCUUUCAGUGGGUAUGAAUUUUAAUGAUGUUAUGGAUAAAAAGAACAUGUCAGUGGGUGUCAAACACAGUACUUUUACCGGAUCAUGAUCAUUGUUGGAAGUUGACAAAGAAAAUCAUAAAGUGAUCUUAUGUUCACUGAGAUCUUCCAUCAAGGGGGUGAAUUACGGUGGCAUGUCUUCGCUUUGUCUCUUGAUAACCAAUGAAAACAAGAAGGAAAUCGUACUGCUCUGGAAUUAUUACAGGAUUGGCAUUGCGCAUUUCCUUUUAGGAGCUGGCGAGAAGCGCUCGGUUUGAACAAAUAUGGAGAAGCCGAAGGACAGAGGGGGAGACACGUGAUGAUAUCCUGUCUGAAAUAUAUCAUCUUUAUGAUGUUGUGCGGAUUGAUGAGGAGGAAGAACACGAGAACGAGGAAGACACAGAGUGAGCUUCUGUUUUGUUUGGGUCUCUCAAAUGUUUUGAACCCACCCAGGAGAAUGCAUGAAAGAUCUUCCCUUUAUCUCCUUUCAGAGACGCCCCCAUCAAGGAUGAUGCGAUCUUAUGCAAUUAUUUGCCGUUGAUCAGAGAGUACCUUCCAACAGCCGCAGAAGAGAUUGAGUCUGACAUGAACGCCCGGGGAUCGACCCGAGGUUCGCUUCCUUCAUAGAACUCGGGGGCCAUUUCUUCUUGCUUUCUCAGAAGCUUGUCCCCGAAUGGUGAAAGUUGGAUUCCCACAUUCAUCACCACCGUUUGCUUACUAAAAAAAUCAAUAUCUUGUUCAGAAUUUGAUCUUGAUGUAUGAAGAAGACGAUCCUUUCCUUUCUUAUACAUAUUUCACUGCUGUAAACCCCUUCGCUGAUGUAACAGAUGGUUACGUGUAUGAUAUCUAUACCAUGGAGAGCGUCCCAAGCGCGGGUGCCCAAGCUGCGGCUCAUUAUCCUCUGUAAGUGUCACCAUGGCCGCUUAAUGUCUGUCUUAAUGGAGAAGGGGGCCUGAUAUCUUCUUCCUCGUCGUGUUUGACGCAGGGUCCAGGUCAAUGAUGAAGGUCUCUACGACGAUGAGUGGGGAUCUGAUUAUGAAACCGACGAUUCAAAUGGUACGCUCAGUUUCUCACAUGGAAAUGAAGGGCGAUCCUGAAAGAAAAUAAAAUAAAAUAAAAAGCAGUGUGUGUGUGUGUGUGUGUGUAGAAUGCCACUGAUUCAGCGCCUUCUCCCCUCUGCCUGAUGCAGCCGAGAACAACCCACUGAACGACUACCCAGACGAGGAGACGUCCGAAGACGGGGACGGGAAUGGAUUUCUCUCCGACCAGGAGGAGGAAUAUGAAGCGGAGAUCGUCAGCGCCAGCGAAGAAGAAGACCAGGAAGACGGCCAAGGCUUGAGAUGGGGGUAUCGCUGA